ACCAUAUCUAAGCUUCAAUAUGCUAUUCAAACGUCUCAAAUCACUGAGUUCUGAGAGAAAGAUGCGCUUCUAGACCCCAUAGAGUGAAGAAUGGCCACAACAAAUAGCCCUGAUGGCUUCUCAUCUGGGAGUAUACCUGGCCAGCUCCGGUCUCACCUCUCUCGCACAAGGCAAGACGACCGCUCUAUUGUGGUGAUGACCUGUGGAAUCGCAGGCGCUGGAAAGUCGACUCUUGCCAAAGCUGUCGUGACUCAACUACCAAGCUUCAAGCGUCUUUCUAACGACCAAAUCAUCUACGAGUCGUAUGGUCUUUACAAUAUUGACUACCCCGCGGAACUGUACAAAGUAUACCAAGAAGAAGCAAGCCAGAAGCUCAUAGCAGAGCUUGAACGCAUCUUGGAAGAGAAGUCCAAUGAUGUAGUACUAGACCUAUCUUUCUACGAUAAGGAGUAUAGGGAUGAGUACAAACAUAUCGUGGAACGCAACGGCGGCCGCUGGGUACUGGUCUACCUCGAUGCUGACCGAGAUCUACUCUGGAAACGAAUUCAACAACGACGAGCCGAGAGGGAUGAAUUAGACGCGAAGGAUCCUGGAAGAAAUGGUGACUCAGCUUUUGAUAUCGAUGACGAGACCUUUGCUAUGUAUCUGGGCGGAUUUGAGCCACCAAGUGGCGAAGGCGAGAUUGUGAUCAAGGUUGAAUGAUGGCGGGGGUUUGAUGGAGAGAAGUAACUUUACACAGAUGUGUUAUUUGUUGUUGAGACCUGUGGCUGAAAGCCUGUAUUCACCCUCGAUUACUAGUUACUUCACACUGUGCUUUAUAUAUUGGGUUUUACGGGUCUUUUCGAAGUCUAGACCUGAUCCUCACGGAAAACCCCAAGAUAGGUUAACUCAAAAGCCUAAGUAUCCUGUUGCUGGAUUGUUUGACUCUACCUAUACUGAUGGGUGCUAUAGAAGUCCCUGCAACAUGACUUCUUGUAAGGUGGCGAGAGUACGGGAUGCCCAAUUCCUCAGUUAUCAUAACAAAGUUCAAAUUGGGACAGAGUUUAAAUCACUUUCCGAUGAUGACUUGUAUAGUAGAAUUAUAACGCAUAAUAUGCCAAAC